AUGGACGCUGCAAAGACUGAUUACCAGCUACCAGCUGUUGGUCAUGCACUCGACGGCUUGGCCCACCCCGAGCACAGACUUAGGAGGCUUUCCUCUUCUGGAUGGAUUCCCACACCGGCUGGAACGCCGUUUGCCUCGGCAGUUCCGCGGUCCAUGUCCUCAGUGACAUGCUUUGAGCCUAGCUUCAUAUUCGACUCCUGUGACUUUGAUGCUAUACCUGAGGAUGUGGAAGCUGAUUUGAUAGGGGAGACUCCGACUGCCUCUGAGGGAGAAGAUGAUGACCUGCCAUCACGAGGCAACCAUCUGCAGCUUCUGUCGUUUAUUCUUAUGCUACUGUUUCCACAUCUUCACUUAGCUUAG